AUCUUCCUGCUGUGCAUGGUGGGUAAUGUGCUUGUGUGUCUGAUCGUGCUGGGGAACCGCCGCAUGAGAACCGUCACCAACCUUUUCAUCCUCAACCUGGCGGUCAGCGACCUGCUGGUGGGCAUUUUCUGCAUCCCCACAACGCUGGUGGACAACCUCAUCACAGGCUGGCCGUUUACCAACACUGUGUGUAAACUGAGUGGUCUGGUGCAGGGGAUGUCUGUAGCUGCCUCAGUCUUCACCCUGGUGGCCAUCGCAGUCGACAGGUUCUGCUGCAUUGUGUACCCUUUUCAGCCCAAACUCACCCUGUUAGUUGCCAAGGCGACCAUAGCGAUGAUCUGGAUUCUGGCUGUGGUAAUCAUGUGUCCGUCAGCAGCUGCCCUGACUGUGGAGGAGGUGGCCGAUCACUACAUGGUUUACAACCAGAACUACAACAUGACCUACCCCCUGUACUCCUGCUAUGAGAACUUUGCUGACCCGAAGAUGAGGAAGGUCUACACCAUGGUUCUGUUCGCCCACAUCUACUUGGUGCCCCUGGCUCUCAUCACCAUCAUGUACGGGCGCAUCGGGGUGAAGCUCUACACCUCUGUGGUGUCAAGCAGAGAGCCUCAGGAUGCAGCACCUCCUCCUCCCCCAGCCAGGCAUGAGGGGGGCAGGCCGCUGAUCUCCCAGAAGAAAAUCAAGGUGAUCAAGAUGCUGAUCGUGGUGGCCCUGCUGUUCAUGCUGUCCUGGCUGCCGCUGUGGACUCUGAUGCUGCUGACAGACUACGGUGGGCUGGAAGAGGAACAGUUGGAGCUCCUCACCGGAUACAUCUUUCCUUUCGCUCACUGGCUAGCGUUUUCCAACUCCUCUGUCAACCCCAUCAUCUACGGAUACUUCAACGAGAACUUCAAGAGGGGCUUCCAGGCCGUCUGCCAGACCAACUCCUGCUGUCCCCCCGGGAAUAGGGGUGAGGUAACGGGAAGGGGAACCAGGGAAGGUAGGGCAGGAGGUGGGGGUAAUGGUGGGUUGGGUGGAGGCGGACUGAGGGAUCCCACAAGCAACCCCAAUCCUCUCUUGUUUGGGGCAAGGAACAAAGUAUACACUGACGGUAAUGUGGCAGACUCUGUUCUCCUUGAGCUGGAGAAGAAUAAUUCUAAGGUGGGAAGCAACGCGGUCCAUGUUGAGGGUGGGGGGACUGGAAGAAUAGGGAUUGGCAAUGUGAUGAACAAAAAGGGGCUUCAUGUUGAGGAGCCCACCAGCCCAAUGGGAGUGUGUCAGGCCUGGGAUCAUUAG